AAAUCCUGGGAUUCCAUGACGCGAGCACCUCCUGCAGGCCACGGGCAUGGCGGGCGGGCGGACUGCAUUUCCCAGCGUGCCGUGCGGCUCGAGGGGUCCGGACUUCCUGCCGCGCGGCCAAUCAGGAGCGCCCAGGUGUCGCGGGCGGGGCGGGGGCGGAGGCGGCGAGAAGAUGGCGGCCAAGAGCGGCCGGAACGGGCUCCUGGACAAGGAACAGCUUGGGAUGGAAUUGCCCUCACUCCACCCUUCCCAUUGCAGUGGAAGAUCGAUGACAAGCCAGUAAAAAUCGACAAGUGGGAUGGUUCAGCUGUGAAAAACUCCUUGGACGACUCUGCCAAAAAGGUGCUCCUGGAGAAGUACAAGUACGUGGAGAACUUCCGUCUGAUCGACGGGCGCCUCCUCAUCUGCACAAUCUCCUGCCUCUUUGCCAUCGUGGCUCUGAUCUGGGAUUACCUGCACCCUUUUCCCGAAUCCAAACCCGUCCUUGCCUUUUGUGUCGUCUCGUAUUUUGUGAUGAUGGGCAUCCUGACCAUCUAUACCUCAUACAAAGAGAAGAGCAUUUUCCUGGUGGCGCACAGGAAGGACCCGGCGGGGAUGGAUCCCGACGACGUGUGGCAGCUCUCCUCCAGCCUCAAACGGUUCGAUGACAAGUACACCCUGAAGCUGACGUUCAUCAGCGGGAAGACCAAGCAGCAGAGGGAAGCCGAGUUCACCAAGUCCAUUGCCAAGUUCUUUGAUAACAACGGGACGUUAGUCAUGGAGGCCUACGAGCCAGAGGUGUCCAAGCUGCACGACAGCCUGGCCCUGGAGAGGAAAACAAAAUGAUUUCGGAGCCCAGCCGCCUCCCAGCAGCCUGCUAAAGUAACACCAAUAAAGUCAAAUGGCAAAGAAAGUGAA